GACAGAAGAACUGCCUCUCCUUCUCCUUCUGUUUCUUCACUGUCACAUAUAUUGUAUUAUAUAUUCUGAGUCAUUUAUUAUUUUUUCCAUUUUUGAGCACAGGAAGAAAAAGAGGGGAAACAUUUUGUUAGAAACUGAACUGUGGAGGAAACCAGACUGCUGAUGUUUGUCAAGAUGAGAUCAGCUGGACUUUCUGUUCUCUUGGUGUUUCUUUUGAUCUUGAUCAGUCGCUCUGAAAUGGUGACACACAACCAAGAGAAACAAACAACAACAACCCCACCCACAACCCCUGUGGUUACCAGCCCGGCCCCCACAACCCCUGUGGUUACCAGCCCGGCCCCCACAACCCCUCUGGUUACCAGCCCGGCCCCCACAACCCCUGAAACACCCAAGGAAGACGAGUUUCUGGGUCCACUUGAGUGUCUGAAAAAGAAGUUUACUCGUGGAUCUUGUGACUUGGUGUUUUGUCGUCCAUGGGAGCGUUGCAUCGAUGGACAUUGCUCCUGUAAACCCCCGUACCUGUGUCCCGCGGAGGGAGUGCAUCCGGUUUGUGGGCUGAACAAUAGAAACUACCGCUCCUACUGCCAGGUGAUGGCUCUGUCAUGUUACAAGAACAGACCCGCCAUGUCCCACUUUGGGGGGAAUUGCGAAGCGGAUCAGCCGAAGUUCACGAGUACAAUAGACCCAGAGACAGGAGUGGUCAAGAUCUUCAUACCAGACCCCGUGAGCCCUGAAGGUGUUAAAGAGUUACUGGUAUGCUGGAAGAUUUGGAACAUGGCGGCUGCCAACGUGGCCUGCAAGAACGGCGGGAAUCCACUUGGUGCAGUAACUGCUGAUUCCAGGCUUUACUCUUCCCUGACAACCGACCACGACAACAAGUUCCCAAAACAGUGUGUUAGCGUCCGCUGCCAAGGUUACGAGACGUCCCUAGCCGAGUGUGAAAUCUACGACAAGACCAAUAUUGGCAAAAGGAAGGUCGCUACGGCCACCUGUCAUACGUCAUCACUAGCACCGGGAGGUCAGUUUGGUUUUUGAACUG